AAUGUAAGUCGGGUUGGUCAAGGUCUGCUUAAGCAUGCACUAAUCAGCACUAAAAAGUAAAAACAGAGCUGCUUAAUUGAAGCUCUCUCUCUCUGUGUGUAUCAGAGAGAAGCUGUGUGGGUGUGUGAGAGGGAGAGAGAGAUGGGCGGUGCCGUGAAGGUGUACGGGGUGGCGGCGUCGCCGUUCGUCGCGACGGUGCUGCUGUGCCUGGAGGAGGUCGGCGCCGACUACGAGCUCCUCCCCCUCGACAUGGCUGCGCGGGAGCAGAGGACCGAGCCCUACCUCUCUCGGAACCCUUUCGGCAAGAUCCCAGCGUUGGAGGACGGGGAGCUGACUCUCUUCGAAUCGCGCGCGAUUUCUCGGUACGUGCUCCGCAAGUUCGGAGGCGCCAGCGCCACCGAUCUUCUAGGAGAAUCCAGCCUCGAGGAAUCAGCCAUGGUGGACGUGUGGAUGGAGGUGGAGGCCCACCAGUACCAGCCGGCCAUCGCCAACGUCGUCCGGCAGUGCAUCAUCCUGCCGUUCAUCGGCGGCGCGCGCGACCAGGCCGUCGUCGACGAGUACGUCGGGAAGCUGGAGAAGGUCCUCAACGUGUACGAGGCGCGGCUGUCGAGCUCACCGUACCUCGCCGGGGACUUCUUCAGCCUCGCCGACCUCGUCCACUUCGGCUUCACCUACUGCCUGGUGGCCGGCACCGAGUACGGGGCUCUGCUGGAGUCGCGCGCGAGCGUCCUGGCGUGGUGGGGGCGGAUCAUGACCAGACCCUCGGUGAAGAAGGUGGCGCCGCUAAUCCACCUCGGACUGAAGCUAUCUUCGUCAGCUUAAAUUGAAUAUCGUACAUUCAGUUUAUAUAUGCAUUUCAGUUGGGUUUUACUACUAUUAUUUUUCAUGUCUAGGACACGUUGAGAAAUAAAUGUGUGUUCCUAAGUAGUACUCCCUAUUUAAAGAAAAAUAUAUAAAUGCUCUUAUAUUUUUUUGUGGAGGAAGUACUACAUAUAAAUAAGACCAGCGAAAAAAAUGAGGUGCACUAAACUCAUCGUCGAGUCUGACAGUAUGAUGGCGUUGGAUGCUAUCUCUCAUCCAAAUGCUUAAUUCGGACUGAUGUUUCAAUCAUUACAAGCCAUGGAGUUUGCUAGCAUCUGUCUUGUCCACUAUAGCAGAGAAGCAAAUCGGUCCACCUUCUUCAUCGACAUAGGUAUAGUUUUGGUCUCAUAUGGCUUUACUAUUGCCGAAUUGUCGGGUUUAUUUUACAUACUUUGUCAGACGGUUCUUUUUGUGGCUGCGUGCAUCUUAGCUAUGCAGAGACCGGGUGUCGCUCAACAUGAUUUGUAUCCGCUUGAUGCUAUAUUUUAAGAUAAUAAAAGUGUCCUUUAUCAAAAAAAAGCAUUAACAAGUCUGAAUCUUGAAAAUCCAAUGUCCCUGGCUUUAUUCUUCAUUAUUAUGUAAACGACCUUGCUAUUAUUUAAUGAAUAAAGUUGUUAUGAUCAAAACUAUAUAUAAAUAAGACUAGAAAAAAGUUCAUGUGUUGCAACGGAUAAAAAAAACACGUCCCUAACUCAAUAA